AAACCUGUAGAAGUAGAGUGAUGGCUGUUCUCGAGUGUAAUUUGUAUAAACAUCAAUCUAAUUUUUUUUAGUUUUUGUAAUAUUUUACCAUAUUUAUCUUCUUAAAAUUCUUUGAAAUGUAAUUAUUAUGAGCAGUGAUGAUAGUCACACAUAAGUUGUGCUUUUUUUUGAAGAUAUUGUGCAGGUUUUAAAGUGAAUAAAAAAAACUAUCUUAUUUAAGAAGUGGUCCUUUAUAUCUUCUCUUAACUUUAUAUCGUUACAUAUUCUGGUAUACCCAUUUUCUUGUUAGUGACUCUGUUAUCAAUUACACCAACAAGAUCUAUGAUUUGAAAUCAAGCCCUUUCAGAAAGCGCGAAAAUGCAAGUGGACGAUCCUCCGUACUUAUCCGUAGGUACUGCUGUAAGUGCAAAGUAUAAAGGAGCUUUUUGUGAAGCAAAAGUUAGCAAAGUAGAUCGUAUUGUGAAAUGCAAGGUAACAUUUAAAAUGGGCUUAGGAAAUGCAACAGUAACUGACAAUGAUAUAAAAGGAACUCUUAGAGUAGGUGCACAUGUUCAAGUCAAACAUCCUGAUCGAAAGGAUUUAGUAGAUGCAACUAUUACUAAAAUACAGGAUUGCAGUCAAUAUACAGUUGUUUUUGAUGAUGGGGAUAUCACAACUCUUAGAAGAACGGCCCUUUGUUUGAAAAGUGGAAGACAUUUUAAUGAAAGUGAAACAUUAGAUCAAUUGCCACUAACACAUCCUGAACAUUUUGGUAAUCCUGUGGUGGGUGGCAGAAGAGGCAGAAGAAACAGGCAAUUAAAGGAUGGAAGUAGUGAUGAGGAGAUUGAGGAAGAGAAUGAACCUGAUUUAGAAGGUUACACACAAGAUAUUGGAAGGGUUGUGAGUGUUGAAACUGGUGAAAAUAAGAGAGGAAGGGAGAAAUGGUUUCCUGGUCUCAUAGUGAUACCAUCUGCCCAACCAACUGUUAAGAUUAAUGUUAAGGAUGAAUUUUUAAUCAGAUCAUUCAGAGAUGAUAGAUAUUAUACAGUACCAAAAAAAGAAGUAAAUGAGUUUAGUAGAGAACAAGCAGAACGAGCUGAGAGUGCUGGUUUGCAAGAAGCAAUUCAAAAAGCUAUAAAAUUUUUAGAUCAUAAUGAGUUACCAUUACAUUGGGAAAAAAGUUCUCUCUUCAAUCUGUCUGCUGAUAGUGACAGUUAUGACAAUGCCAGUGAAAGUUCAGAAGACGAACAGAGUGAAGAAAAGGAUCGUUUUGUAGCCCAAUUAUAUAAAUUUAUGGAUGAAUCUGGUACUCCCCUGAAUAAAACUCCAGUAAUUUCAAGUAAAGACAUAGACUUACAUAGAUUAUUUCGAGUGGUUCAUAAACUAGGUGGUUACAACAGAGUUACCAAUCAAAAUAAGUGGAAAUCCAUUACUGGCAAGCUAAGGCUACCUGUAAAUCAAAAUAUUUCCAAUCAGGUUAAGUCUGUUUAUAGAAAGUGCUUGGUGAGUUAUGAGGCUUUCCACAGAUCAUUAGGAGUGACUAUGUUUAAUCCAACGAGGCCUAAGAAAAGUAAGGGCAGAAGUUUGAUAAGGGACAAAGAUAGGACUCCUAUGAGCAGUCCAAGACCAGAACGCGAUGAUGAAAGUGUUGAUAAAAUUCUUAAGAAAGAGACGCCUGUGCAGGAAAAAGUGGAACCAAAAGCAAAGAAAAAAGCUGAACCUAAAGAAAAAGAAGAUAGUGGGCGUAAAUCAAAGUUAGGAGAAAUAAGUGAUGCAAGUAGUGACGUAUCUGAAGUUGCAAGUACAUCAAGUAUUAGGCCAAAACGUUAUGAAUCAAAACAAAUUAAAGAAAAAGUUGUUAAACCGCCACAAGGAGAGAAAGUUAAACUUUUAGUAGAAAAAUUUGAAGAGUCAGAAAAAAAAAUUGAAAAGGUUCAGAACACUCGCUCAAAAACUAUCAGUACUGCUAAGGGAAAAGAAGUUGUUAAAGAACCUAUUGGUACCAGGCAAAAUAAAGAGACUGUCCCGCUUCCGGUUAAAACACCGAUAAAAGUGGUUAAGAAGGUUGUAAAUAAAGAAGAAUUAGAGGAAAGGGAUAAGAAACUGAAACAAAGGAAAAAAACACUUGGUGAUGGAGAAAAACUACCUUCGGAGGGCGGUAAUACGAGUAGCAGCAGCAGUAGCAGUAGUUCAGAUGGCCAAUGUAUCUCUGCUAACAUUGGUGACAAACUUAUCAUCUAUUAUGGACCGACCAACGAAUCCAAGGUCACUUAUGAAGCCAAAGUAGUGGAUAUUGAUAAAGACCAAUCAGGUCCAAUUUAUUUGGUGCAUUACACUGGCUGGAAUACGAGAUACGAUGAGUGGAUCCCAGGUGCGCGAAUUGCCGAAAACCUAAAUUCCGGUGUUAGACUAAAACGUACGAAAAUACCGGCCGCUGUAAACGUUAAACCUGCUCCUUCCGGCGCAUCUACUUCCGGUACGAGGCCAACCGUGGGUAGGAGAAGUAGGGUUAUGUCGGUAUCGAGUCGAGCGCCACCUGACGACAAACCCCCUAGGUCUACCACACCAUCUAGCGUCACUUCCAACAGUAGCAGGACUAAGAGUCCUGCAACACCGGCUACUAGGUCCAGUAGAUUAGCUGCGCGACAAGAAUCAUCAAAUAGGCGAAGAAUAUCAGCUCAGACUGAUGCUUCUAUACACUCCGACUCCAAUAGUGAUUCUUCAGAGAGCGAAAAUGAGCUUCCUAGGACCAGAAGCGGAAGUUUGAAGAGUGAAGAACCUGAGGUCAGAGUAUAUAAGAAACGAGCUCCAAAAUCUUUAAUACAGCCCAGUCCUAUUAAGGGAGAUAAAAGGAAAGACAAGACAGAGGAAGACGAUACAGAUAAGGAAGAUGAGGUGGAAAGGGUUCAGAAAGAUCGCAGAGUGAAGAAAAUCAAGAAAUCCUCUGAAAAAUUUGGCGACGAAAGCGAUGAAGACAGUCUAGGCCACCCUAAGGGCCGAGAUUUCGAUCUGAAUCAAAUCCGUUCAGAACUAAAGGGAUUUAGUAAAACCAUCAAAGCUUCUACGGUGGAAAUCGAAGACAAAGAAAAUGCUUUGUCAUCCGAUGAUUCCUCUUCUGCUCCUAACUUGGUCAUUAAGGAAGAAAAAGAAGACAUCAAGUUGGAAGAGUCAAAACCGAGUAUUCCGUCGCCCUUGCCAUCUCCAAAGUUGGAGAAGUCCUCCAGUUCGGAAGAUAUUUACGAGUUCAAGGAACCCGAACCUUUCGAAUUCGAAAGUAGGUCCAAACUGGCUGACGAAAAAAAUUCGAAAAAGCGCAUGCGGAUAUUCCAAGACUUGGACAAAAUUCCAAAGAAAAAAGGUGGAAGAUCGCCUAUGUCUCCCGAAAAAAGCGAAACAAAGCUUGAUUUGCCCGAACCAAAAACUUACUCCAGAAUACCUAAACCGGUUCAUAUAUCGGACGAAGAGGAAGAGGAUGAACUUCUGGAAGAUGAUAAGCCCGAAGUUGAAGAGAAGAAUGAAGAUCCUUUUGAUAAAUUGAUUGUCUCCCCUAGUUUUAAUAUUAUCAAAACUAGUCCGGACAAGCCGCCAGAAACGAGACCUGUGUCAAAUAUUUUGGACGUAUCUUUGACUUUAUUCGGGGAAGUACCGGAGAUGUCUGACGAAUACAGCCGCGAUAUGGAGCUGUCCGAUUGUGAAUCGCAAACUCAAAUAUUAACAAGGGAAAAUACGUUAUUCAACAAUCCGUUUUCAAAAUCUUCAGAAAGAAAUAGUCCUGAUCUAGAGUUUUCUACCAGCAAAAUUGACGAAGGUAAAACGUUGACCAGUGAUGACGAAGAUAUCCAAGCUCAAAUAAAAAGGGUGAUUGAACAGAGUUCUUCGUCGGAUGAUGAUAGUAAUGGUGCCAUUUUAGACAUAGACUUGACAAGUUGUAUAACGCCAGCAGAAGUUAAGAAGCCUGUUGCACUUCUCAGGCUUAGUCCGACUCCUGUACAAAUCAAGGAACCUGUGGUUUUAGCGCCAUCACCAGUAAAGGAGUUAACGGUAGAAAAAGAAGAAUUGGAUCCCAUUAAAUUGGAAUCUCCUAUCGAUACUAUGAAACCUGUAUCACCGAAAAAGCCCAUUGACCCAGCUCUUCAAGAAACCGACAGUUCUCUUUUAGAAUCUAUAUUUUCAAACCCACCGCUAAUACUCAAUCCCCAGCUAGACGACACCGGAAAAGAGUUUACAAUUAAAACGGGUACCAGAAUCGCCGAUUCUAUUUUAGAAAAGUUCAACUCCAUCAAAAAUAACUUUGAUUUAAAAACUGUUAAAAGCGACCCCAGUACCAAUAGCAGUUUAUUAGAUAGUUUAGGAACAAAAACGGAGAAAAUCGAUAUGAAGCCUGCCUUUACUCUACCUAUCCAAUUGGACAAAGAACCCGAGCCUUCAACAUCUAGUGCUGAUAAUAAACCCAAACUCAGUGUGGAAACGAAAGUUAAAUCUCCUGCUGAAGACAAACUCAAGGAAGAAAUAAAAAUUAUUGAAAAUAAAAUAAAGCUUCCUGAAACUGGUUUGAAAGGCGAUCUUCCGAGCUGUUCUACAAGGAGUGAAAUUAUCAGUUCAAAGAGAAAACGGGUUAUCAGUAAGGCUUACAUUGAUGAAUCGGACAGCGACAGUAGCGACUCUGAUAAUCUGAUAAUAGCGAGAUCUGACGACGAUUCUGGUACUAACUCUUCCGAUAAUAAGCCUUUGAUUGAGAUCAAGGAAAGCACUGACAGUAACAUGUCAGUUCAGAAAACUAUCACAACUGACGAUUCACAAUCCCAACCCGAAGAAGAGAAGCGUAGCUUCAAUUUUGACGAUGUAAAGGGAAAGAAAGAUACUGGUAAUGAAGCUAAAGAAAUUGCGGCGGCAACCAAGAUAGAAUUAGAAGUUACUGUAGAAAAAGAAGUUAAAGAAGAAAAUGCGAAGGAAGAACAGGAUCCGAAUUUGCACUCUUUGUUGCUUUGCGAGGAAGAGUUUCCUAGAAGUCCAGCACCGGCACCGGAAGUACCGAAUCCUGCAGAUAUUCCUAGCAGUUCAUCUAUGCACGAGAUGCCCUUUGCCAGCGCUCCAAGUAGCAGUAACUGCAAGAUGUUGAUGGAACAGAAGAAAGUGGUACCUCCGCUGGUUUCGGUAGUGUCUGGAGAAAGGGAAAAUAAAUCGGACGCUCAAGUUGAAAUUGAAAAUAUACCACCAACUACUCCAGAGAGUUCUUCAAGCAACUUAUCACCCAGAGGAGAAAAUGGUAACAUAUCACCCAACUCGAAUGACAGUAGUAAGUCAAAUGAAGGCGAACCUGAAUUCAGAACUGAAAGAAGGAAUAGUGCAAUAAAAGUUACGACAUACAGCGAAGAAGAUACUCAAAUUGGAGACCUUCCUCCUUCCAAAAAAUCCUCUGAGAAUCCUUGCGGACCGCCCAUUGGUUGUAGGAAACGUAGGCGUUCGCUGAGAACAUCAGAGGACGGGAAUUCUCAACCAAGCGGACCGGCAAAAAGGGGACGCAAGCCACUGGCCAGUCGCCAGAGGCGGGACAGCGACAGUGACGAUGCUUCGGAAAAUUCAGUGGCGGGUAGUACCGGGGGUCACACGCCGGUCAGCGGGAAUUCCUUAUACGAUAGGGCAGCUAGGUCGCCUAGACCUUCCAAGUACAAUUUCUUCGUUGAAUUCGAUCCGAGUUUGGAUAGCGGUCAACGGAUAGCGUUGUUGCAGCAGAAAUUGAGCGAUUUGAGGAAAACAUACGCCGACGUUAAAGCCGAAUUGGCAACUGUGGAAAGACGGAGAAAAAAGAUCAGGAGGAGGGAGAGAGAAGGUAAAAAGGCACUGAAAUCUAGCAAACAGGAGAUGGCAUGCGCGUGACAGAAGAACAAAACUAGCAGCAAGGAAUAAGUGGUGUUUAACUGAAACCUUGCAAAGAUAGAAUAGUGAAGACGUAACAAUACGGACAUUGGUGGAUAUGAUUGUUUUAUAUCCAUGAUCGUUGCAAUUCUUUAUUAGGCAAGCUAUGGAAAAUCGGAUGGAAGAUACAGCCCUUUUUGUCAAAAUGUACAUACAUGUUAAAGCAAAAAGCCCCAAAAUUCCAAUUGCUAAAAUAUCUGCGCCUUCCAUGAGAUUUUGUAUCCUUAGUUUUUAAGAGAUUCUCUUCAAAUUUAUUGAAGAAUAAGUGUAUAAACAAAAAUAUAUAGUAAUAUAAUUCAUUAAGUUCACCGACUUGUUUGUAUAAAUUAUUAUCCUAAAAAAAGAAAUUGGCUAAACAGAAAUAAUAUUUAUUAUUGUUUGUACAUACUGUAAUCUGUAAUGUCAAAGUAACAAGGAAAAAUAUAUAAUUUUUUUUAUUAUACAUAACGCAUUAUAUAAAUCCUUAGAAUAAAGUGAAAUUAAAUGUU